GAGAAGAACCAACCGAAGCGUCAACAGCACCAGCAGAUAUCGACAUGGCUACUGCGACUGCUGCGAUUCCAGCAACGUGCUGUGGACGUGAGGGAGGAUGUAUUUGCGCGAAGGAGGCCAAGUGCAGCUGUGGCAAGCAGGCAGCUAUGCACUGUAACUGUGAGAAGGCGCAGACAGAGAACAAGCUUGCGGGAGCACGCUGCUCGUGCAACCAGCGUCCUGCGGGUGCUUGCACCUGCUCGCGCUCCAAUGUCGAGAACAGCGCGCCCUCUGGGGCUAAGUGCGCAUGCGGAAAGCGGUCCAGCGACUCCUGCACAUGCGGCGGCAGCGAGGCCGGUCAGUCUUCAGAACUCGAGACCGAUUUUACCACGAAGGCUCCGUAAAGCAUUCACAAAGCGGUGAUAUUACGUGGGGUAUGUGCUCAGUCAAGAGUCUCGAGGCCAUUUCUGCGCCUAUAUUGUGGUGUCGAAUGAUGAACGUUGCUGCAUAGGGUGUUGUGGGUGGGCGUACGGUGUCAGCUUGAUGAGGCCGGACGAAGAAGAAGUAGAUAGUCGCUAUUACAGCUGACUUCGAAACAAUGCGAUAUGAAUCCGUCCACGACCAACUGCCAUUUGAUCUCUUGUCAUGGAGGGGCAUUUGUAGGCCUGAAGUCUGCUUUCGCUACGACUACCUUGGUGGAUUCAGCCGCCUGGUGCACGCAGAUCGACACCAGAUCCGGAGCUUGCGGGCUGGCUGGCUUCCAUCUUGCAGUCCAGUACACUUAUGUAGCAUCCAUCACCAAUUAACCACUCCAC